AUGAUGGCUGAGAGAGUCCAAGUUGAAACCCCUUUCAGUGCACCUAGCUUUCUCAAUGACGAAAUAUACCCCACCGUAAAGUUCCAUCUUGGUCAGAAUUAUCAACUUAUUGACGAGACAAAUUUUGUCAAGAAUCUAGAAGAAUUCUACUACGGCCUGGCAUCCAAGAAAGCGGCAGAGUCACCUUUGUGGUUUGUACAAUUCCUGCUCGUCUUAUCCUUUGGGCAAGCUUUUCUUUCACGGUCAAAGGACUCAAAGGAACCGCCUGGUGCAAAGUUCUUCGUUCGUGCCAUGGCGCUACUACCAGAGCCGAACGCCUUGUGGAAAGACAGUUUGCUAGCCAUCGAGAGAGAAUCUGCACAAUUAUACAUAGCUCAAGCGAUUCGGAUAGCCCAAUUGGAGGGUUUGCACACCCAACUUCCUGAGGAUGCACUCGGAACUCAAGUGGUCGCUCGUUGUCGCAACCUCUGGUGGAGAGUCCCCAUGAACACUCAAGACGCAGACAUUACCACUGUGCUUGACCCCCCGAGUAUAUGCUCACAGCGUGACGCAACGCUUGGUCUCCAAGUCAAACUCUCGCGUUUGCUAUCAUCAAUCAUUACUACUAUCUACAGGUCCGAGAAGACUCCACUUGGGGAGUUCCUUACUUCGACAAAGUCCAUCAUUCAUGCCUUGGCUGGUCACGCACAGGAGAUUGAGAAGAUAACUCGAUUCAAGUUCCAAAACUCGGUGGAUGCCAUGCCGAAAGGAACAAGAAGCAUUACCUUGCUAUACCAUCAGUGUGUUAUCAUGGCUACGAGGCCACUUUUUCUAUCCGCUUUAAAACAAGAGCUUGAGAAUUUUGAGUGGUGUGGAAGAGAUCCACAAACCUUCUCAGCUCCCUUGAAGACUCUGGUCGAGACGGGCAUUAAAUCAGCAGUGAAGAGUCUUCAAAUUCUGUCUGGGGAUGAUAGUCUAUUAGAAGUCUUUCUUCCAUUUGAGUUGGAAUAUGCUUAUGGAGCUGCCAUACACUUAACAAUGGCCAAGGCACUCUUCCCAGCGGUAAUAGGCGACGAUGGACUGUCUCAGAUGGAACAGACACACAACAUCUUGGAUGACAUGAUCAGUAAAGGAAACUUGGUGGCAGAGGUUCGAAAAGCAGAGUUGGUCCAUUUGGAGACUUUGUUUCGCGAAUUCACGCGGCGGGUACGCGACCAAGACUUUGAAGACCGGAUACCAUCGGGCUCAAUUGAAGCAGUCAUCGAUCCUAUCACAACUCAAACUUUUGUCAGCGAACCUGACUUGGUGUCUACGACGACGGUGAAUAACACCGAGUUUCUGGAGACUAUCGGUAUCUCUUCGGAUGACUUCCUUUCAAUCGUGGAACAGAUGGGGAAUGAAAAUGAUCUACCGUUCUCAAUGUUGGAUUUAGGACAAUUUUGGAAGUGA